AUGCUUCAAUUCGUCCUCCUACUUGUGGUCGCAGCUGCGGCAUCCGAGAACUGCUCCUUCUAUUUCGAUGGUCAACCUUACUCAAGAACAGCCAUAUUAUCCAUUAAAGGCCUACCAACAAAUUUGGUCUACAACCCUGCUAAUCAAGAUCUGCUAUUCACUCUAAUAGACCUGGAAACACUUCAAGAUGACAACAUCCAGACAAAAAUGGACCAGUAUAUACUUCGAGAGGGGAAUACGAUCAAAAUCGAUAACGUUAGAGGUCAAGCUUCAGCGGUGGAUAUGAAACGAAACAAAGUGUACAUAGCCAGCGAUGACGGACUAAACGAACUAAACAGUACCGACAAAGCUAAUUUCGUUGGUCUUAAAGAUGACGAUAUCGUCCAGCUAUACAAGCCGCGACACGGAGAUGAAUUGUACGCUGUUUUGUUUCCAGAAAACGCUGUUUACAUAAUCGACAUAGAAAAAGACGAAAAGAGGAAAGUCGAAUACAUUCCCUGCGCUUUCUAUUUGGGCGUAGAUGACAAAGAUAAUAUAUUUUACGAAUGUGAUUCCAAAUAUGUUAAAGUUUUGCUCAAAGGCUUUCAAGAGCCCAUUGAAUUUGUUGGUAUCGCUAAGAAUUCCGGAAAAGCUAUAGCUGUAGAUGGAAUUGGGAGAGUGAUAUUGGCUGCGACCGACGGUUUGUACCAUCUGCGACCAGACAACGUGAUCCCGAACAAACUGAUGGAAUUGGACUUCUAUCCAUCUGGUAUAGCGUUUAAUGAGGUAGACAAUAGAAUGUAUUUAUCGACGAAUGAUGUAAUUUAUAGAUAUAAUCCAUGUUUUCCUUUUAUUUUGUGA